AUGAAAUCAGAUGAAUCUUUAGCAAUGUCAAAAGAAGAAUCAACAGAUACAACAACACCAACAACUACAACAACCAGUGCAACAGCAGCAGCAGACAGCAACUCUAUGGAGAUUGAUUCAAAUAGUACAACAUCAUCCUCUUCUAUAAUAUCUUCCAAAUUAUCACCUUCAACUAAAGAAUCGCCGAAUGGCAGUAAUGGAGGGGGAGAAGGAGAAGGAGGAGGAGGAGACGAGAAUGGUGGUGAGCAAUCAAAGGAAAAUAAAGACGAUACAACCGCGGCAGUAGACAAGGAAAAGGAGAAAAAUAAUAAUAAUGGAGAUGAUCAAACAAAUAAGAUAAAAGAUAGAGGAGAUGGAUCCCCUUCACCAAAACCAACGACUUCUACAACAUCUACAGAAAAUGGAAAACAAGAAGAAGAAGAAGAAAAGGAAGAAGAGGACAAAGAAGAGGAUAAAGAGAAAGAUAAUAAUAAUAAUAAUAAUAAUAUCAAUUCACCUAGUAGUAGUAAUGGUAAAACCGAAAUAAUAAUAAUUAAUAAUAAUAAUAAUAAUAAUAAUAAUAAUAAUAAGGAAGACGAAGAAUUGGUAGAUGCAGAUGGACAAGAUAAAUCAAAAGCAGAGACAGAAACAGAAGAUAAAAUGGAAAAUGAUAACGAUGAAGAAGAAUCAACCAGCACUACUACUACGACUACCGCAGCAGCAGCUGUCACAACCAACGAGGAUACCAAUGGUACAGACAGUGAGAUCAAGGAACAACAACAAGAAGAGGAACAGGAAGAAGAAGAGAUUGAUCCAAGAACGAUAGAGGAUGAGUUGACCAAGAAAAGAAAGGAAGCACAACAAGAGACGCCUCGGGCAGGAGGAGGAGGAGGAGGAGAUCAAGACAUUGAAUUUGCAGACUAUGAAGAGGCCUUUAACAAGGACCGUGUCGGUGAAGCCAUUGGAAAGAGCAGUUAUAGUGUCAACAAAGAGGCCGAUAUCGAGGCAAAGAGAAGACUGGAUUGCUUGGGAAACAUGGAAAAAAUAGAAAAAGAGUUUGCAGAUCUUAAAGAAAAAUUCUUUACAGAUAAAUUAAAUCAGAAUUAA